UUCAACUCAUACUUAUUUUGUGAUUAAGUUAUUGAUUUGUAAUUGUACAAAUUGUGAUUGUUUUUACAAGUUUUGUAGCCCAGUUGGUUACGUUAAAUUGGGGAAUCCCAUGUACCGCCAAGUAAAACAAAAUGGACGAGAAGGAAUUCAAAGAGUGUUUAAAAAUUCACGGAUGUGAGUCUAGUGAAGAAGGCAGCGAGAGCGAUUCAAAAGUAAAUUUAGACGAUGUGUACGAGGCGUUUAAACCUUCUCCUACUUUAAUUGAUCCAAAAAGACACACAAUAAUCGAAGUUGGUGCCAAUGAAAAUAGCGAAAAAUUAUCAAAGAGCCAGAAAAAGAGACGGAGGAAAAAGUUGUUUGAAGAACGUCACAAAAAAGCUAAAUUAAACGAUGGAGUAAACGAUGAUGAGAUUUGUACUAGUGAAGACUAUUGUGAGGAACCAAGCAGCUGUGACAUUCCCACUGUUCCUGAAAACGUUGAAGAUUUUAAACCAGAAUCGAUAACCUAUGUGGAAGAAUAUAGUUUGGACGAUGAGGAAGGAGUUAAUAUUGGGCAAGGACGUAACAACAGUACUAAAACCAACGAAUAUAAUACCAGUGUUGUUGAAAAUGGAACACCGACACAUUAUGUCGGUCAAGGUGCCAAGAAAAAAAGAACAAGACGAAAGAAAAGUAAAACGUCAUUAUGUAGCGACACUACGCAAGAACAAAAUUCCCCAUCAUCAGGACCAAACGUCCAAGACAACCAAAUUGGGAAUUACAGCUUGGCAACCAUCGGGGUUUGUAAAGAUCUGUUUAAUUGUGUACUCAUCUUCAUUGAACGUAAUCCGGAAAACCCCCUCGGUAUAUUGCUAACCUUUGAAACUUAUUUAAAAGAGGUUAACAACACUAUCGGCAUCUACUUGACACCUGGCUCCAGCUGCAUUGUCCAUCUUAUUAAAGUUAUUGCGUUGAGGUAUGAAGAAUUUUUAAACGAGUUAAAAGGUAAAGACGCCGAGUUCAUCGUGAAUCAAUUCCUUUGGGAUUUAGCCAAGAUUAUCGUGUGCAUUGUUCUAGGGGAAUCAGAGACGGAUUUAUUGAGACCUAUUAUGAACAUAUAUGAGGGUUUUAUUUUUUAUUGUUUGGGUUUUAUUUUGAUUCAGUUUUGCGAAAUGAUAAGGCUUAUGAUUUAUGAUAAAACCGAAAUUCCGUGUCAGAACCCGUUUGAGGUGGUGAAAUCCGAACUAGAUGAACGUUGUUGCAACAUGUUGCCUUUUAUAAAUCUAGCAAAAUGUUUUGAGAAAAAAUUCUUCCAGAACGCAGCAACAAAUCAUUUAGUAGAAAAAACAGAAAUCUCCACAAAAUUAUCAUUUUCCAUAAGUCCUAUAUUACAAUUAGGCGCAAACCAGCCCCUGUCACGCCCAAUUCUAAUUAAGUAUUUGCGCGUUCAAAAUGUCUACUUCAAUGAAGAAUUUGUGACAACUGAAAACAGAUCGCAAAAAUUGAGACAAGCUUUUCUGGACGUUGGCGAUUUGCCUCAAAUUUAUGACAGAGAUACCAAGAGUAUUGAUUUUAAUAGUGAAAAAUUACAGGAUUGUGUUGGGUCAUUUUGUGUUCCAGCUAGAAAUGUGACCCUUAUCGAUUAUCCUAUAAUGUUGGCUAUGCAAUUCUGUGAUAUCAACCAGCUGGUGGGGGCGGUUAUUUUUUCACUCCUUUUUAAGAUCAUGUGGUGGCUCGAAACAGUUGUUGUUUACAUAGACGUAAUUUGUUUAAUAUUUUUUCUUUUAUAUUUUUGUACCUAUUUUGUCAUUAAAUUUUGA